AUGAGAAUCAGUAUUUUUAAAUUUGUUUUUUUUUCAAUUAUUAUUUGUUUUUUUGAAUAUGCCAAAAAUGAAUUAUGCCUUGAAAGGAGUAUAAUAAAUUUUAGAAACAAUAGGGUAUUAGCAUAUGGAGACAAUCAAUUCGAUUUAAAUGAUUUUUAUCAAUCAACUUUGAGUCUUGCAAAUCAAUUUAAUGAGUAUAAUGACUAUGACGAUGACGAAGAAAUGGAAUUUCUUCGAAAUACUAUAGAUUCACAUAUAAAGAAGCAUCAAGAAAAUAAUACAUUACCCGAUUUAAAUAAUGUAGAUAAGAAAACUAAAAAGUUAAUUGCUGAACUUCAAGCAGAAUUAGAAAAAGUAAGAAAAGAGCUUGAUAAUAAAGAGAAUAAUGAAAUAGAAAUACGACAGAUACAAAAUCAAAGAAUAACUAAAACGGAUAAAAAUGAUUGUGUAUCAGAAGAUGCAAAUUCUGAAGAAUUGGAAAAUCCAGAAAAUUUCCCAGAGAUAGAAAAUAAUCAGAUCGAUUUAAUUAAUACUGAUCAAUUCGAAGAGGAUCAAGAUAAGAAAAAAGUGGCCAAAAAAAUAUUGAAGAGGGGAGCAUUGUUGGUUGGAAUUUCUAUUAUGGCUUUAAUGUCAGGGGCGACAAUGAUACCAUUUGUGGUUUUAAUUACACUGAUUUCAGUUGAAACAAUUUUUAAAUUUAGGAAACUCAAUAAAUCUAAAUUUAAAUUUAAAUUUAAAAUGCCCAAAUUAUUUAAAUAA